GGUAAACCUUCCUGCUGUCAUUAUUCCUCAUGGUAUUUUUGACAAAUUUAAAAACUUCGAGUUCAACAAAACUUGUUAUUUACAUUACCCUUAUUUCUAUAACAUAUGAAUAUGGCCAGUGAAGGUAUAUGUAAAAUAAAAACAGAGUACAUCAUCCCCGAGCAAAAACGAGAAUUAAAUUUGGAGCAUGUCUCUGAAAAAGACAAGAACUCUAUUGACAAUUCUACAAAUGGAGAAGAAUCAUUGGAACCACCUUCCAAAAGACAAAAGUUUUCAAAGAAUAAGUUAAAGGGUCAGAAUAAAUCAAGAGGUCCAACAUUCAGACUUGAUAAAAGUAAAGAACUCUGUAAUAGCUUGAUUAAUAUAUCUAAAGGAGAUGAAAUUCCGAAAUGUGACAAAAAUAACUGUCAAUUUUUACAUGAUGUUGAAAAGUAUCUUGAAAUAAAACCCAAGGAUAUAGACAAUUCUUGCUAUAACUUCCAAACUUCUGGAAAAUGCAUCAGAGGACUAUCUUGUAGGUUUGGCAGUGAUCAUAUUGCUGAAGGUCGGAAUAAAGUUGAACAGCAAAAAUAUUUAGACUAUGAAGCUAAGGGUCCACAUACUAGGAAUAUUCUUCAACAUGAUAUCCAAGUAGCACUUCGAAAGAGAACAUAUGAUUUUAAUUUGGCUGAGAAGUGUGUAAAGUAUGUUGAUUCUUUAAGAAAGAAUAAUAAAGAUGAAGGUGAAGAAACAGAUAAGAACAGUAUUGGAUGUGUUACAGAUGAAGAUUUGGUAUCACUUUUACAAAGAGAGAAGAAAAAGAUUGACUGGAAAGACAAAUUGGUAUUAAGUCCAUUGACGACUGUAGGGAAUCUUCCAUUUAGACGAAUUUGCAAGCAAUUUGGAGCUGAUGUUACUUGUGGAGAAAUGGCCAUGUGCUCUUCAUUAUUACAGGGUAUGAGACAAGAAUGGGCCCUAUUAAAAAGACAUGAGUCAGAAGACAUUUUUGGAGUACAACUGUGUGCCAAUAAUCCCUACUUAUUGGCAAAGUGUGGGCAGCUUUUACAAAAAGAGAUCGAUGUUGAUUUCAUUGAUUUGAAUAUGGGAUGUCCAAUUGAACUGGUAUAUAAAACUGGAGCUGGAUGUGGAUUGAUGAGAAGAGCUAGAGUAUUGGAAAGUUGUGUCAAAAGUAUGAGCACUAUUUUGGAUAUUCCAUUCACUGUAAAGAUGAGAAUGGGUGUUUACAACAAUGAAAAUAUAGCACAUACUUUGGCACCAAAGUUGAGAGAUUAUGGAGCAAGUCUCCUAACAAUUCAUGGAAGAUCUAGAGAGCAGAGGUACACAAGACUAGCAAAUUGGGAAUAUAUAGAUAAAGUUGCAAAAGCAGCUGAUCCAUUGCCUGUAUUAGGCAAUGGCGAUGUUCUUAGUUAUGAAGAUUAUGUGAAAGCAAAAGAAACAGCUCCCCAUGUCGCAGGAGUAAUGAUAGGAAGAGGGGCAUUAAUAAAACCUUGGAUAUUUACUGAAAUAAAGGAGCAGAAGCUGUGGGAUAUAUCCAGCUCAGAAAGGUUUGAUAUUAUAAAGAAAUAUGCCAACUAUGGACUUGAACACUGGGGAUCUGAUAACACAGGUGUAGAAAAUACUAGAAGAUUUUUGUUGGAAUGGCUGUCAUUUUUGUAUAGAUAUAUACCAGUAGGGCUAUUGGAAACACCUCCUCAGAAGAUAAACGAAAGACCUCCCCAUUUUAAAGGGAGAGAUGAACUAGAAACUUUAAUGGCAUCUCCUGCAGCUUCAGACUGGAUUAAAAUUAGUGAAAUGCUGUUGGGAAAAGUCCCAGAAAACUUUCAAUUUUUACCUAAACAUAAGGCAAAUUCUUACGGAUAAAACUUCUGUAAUAUAAGCUUGUUU